AUGGGGUUCGUCCAGAAAUGGAACGCCAAGAUCGCCGCCGGCCCGGUCGGUCGGUGGUUCCAGCUCGAGGGCUCCGGUCAUCCCCGUGAGCGUAUCGGAUCACUCUUCUUCACCGAGAUGCGCGCCGGCCUCGUCGCCUUCUUCGCCAUGGCCUACAUCAUCGCCGUCAACUCCUCCAUUGUCGCCGAUUCCGGCGGUACCUGCGUCUGCCCGCGCACCGCCGACGACUUCACCUGCGACAAGGACCAGGACUACUUGCUCUGCGUAGCAGAGGUCAAGCGCGACAUCGUCACCGCCACCGCCGCCAUCUCCUCCCUGGCCACCUUCUUCAUGGGCCUCCUCGCCAACAUGCCCGUCGGCUGCGCUCCCGGUAUGGGCUUGAACGCCUACUUUGCCUACUCCGUCGUCGGUUACCACGGAACCGGCGCCGUCCCUUACCAGGUCGCCCUUACCGCCAUCUUCAUCGAGGGCUUCAUCUUCUUCGGCCUCGCCCUGCUCGGUCUGCGCCAGUGGCUCGCCCGCGCCAUCCCGCGCUCCAUCAAGCUCGCCACCGGUGUCGGUAUCGGUCUGUUCCUCACCCUCAUCGGUCUCACCUACAGCGAGGGUAUCGGUCUGAUUGUCGGCGCCACCUCCACCCCCCUCGAGUUGGCCGGCUGCAUUGCGAGCGAGCAAGUAGACGGCCUCUGCCCCUCCUCGACCAAGAUGCGCAACCCCACCAUGUGGAUCGGUAUCUUCUGCGGUGGUAUCUUCACCGUCUUGCUCAUGAUGUACCGCUUCAAGGGCGCCAUCCUGGCUGGUAUCAUCCUCGUCAGCAUCAUCUCCUGGCCCCGCGGCACCUCCGUCACCUACUUCCCUGACACCCCCAUCGGCGACUCCAACUUUGACUUCUUCAAGAAGGUCGUCGACUUCCACCCGAUCCAGAGGACCCUCAACGUCCAGGAGUGGAAUGUCGGAGGAUACAGCGGUGCCUUCGGUCUCGCCCUCAUCACCUUCUUGUACGUCGACAUUCUCGACUGCACCGGUACCCUCUACUCCAUGGCCCGCUUCGCCAACCUCAUCGACGAGGAGACCCAGGAUUUCGAGGGCUCAUCCGUCGCCUACAUGGUCGAUGCCCUCAGCAUCUCCGUCGGUGCCGUCUUCGGUACUCCCCCCGUUACCGCCUUUGUCGAGUCCGGUGCCGGUAUUUCCGAGGGAGGCAAGACCGGUCUGACUGCCAUGGUCACCGGUAUCUGCUUCUUCAUCUCCAUCUUCUUCGCUCCCAUCUUCGCUUCCAUCCCCUCGUGGGCCACCGGCUGCGUGUUGGUACUUGUGGGAUCUAUGAUGGUCCGCGCCGUCACCGAGAUUAACUGGAGGUAUAUGGGUGAUGCCGUUCCCGCCUUUAUCACCCUCGCACUUAUGCCCUUCACCUACUCCAUUGCCGACGGUCUCAUCGGUGGUGUCUGCAGUUACAUCCUCAUCAACGGCCUUGUCUGGGUCAUCGAGAAGGCCUCUGGCGGCCGCAUCGUUCCCCACAACAAGAGCGAGAAGGACCCCUGGACUUGGCGCAUUCCUGGCGGCAUCCUGCCUCCCUGGGUCCGCCGCCUUGCCAAAGGAAAGAAGGACUUCUGGCGCUCUGACGAGCACCGCCAGACUGCCGCUUCCGAUCCCCAGCCCCUGGAGAAGACCAGCAGCUCCGAGCAGGGUGGCUCUGUUACCGGAAAGGACAAGGAGAUUGGAGAGACCAUCACCCCCCACGGUGACAGGUCCUCAUCAUAG